UGCCAUGGCAGGGUCGCAGAUAUGGAGGCCAUGGUCCCCGCCCAGUGGUGGAGGACCCUGUUCAGCGAUUCAAUGUACCUCAAGACCGACGGCGACGUCGUCGAGGAUCCUGCCAUCACUGCCGAGGAGCUUGAGAUGAUCAAGGAUAUUGCCGGAAUCCGUGCUAUCCUUGAGCAAGGCUCCCACAGCGCCGCCAAAGCAGGAUCCUGCACGCGCAUCCUUGACCUGUGCUGUGGCCAAGGCCGUCACUCGCUGCAGCUGGCGGCAAGCUAUCCGCACCUCGAAAUCUGUGGCCACGAUCAGUCGGCAUACUUGAUCUCCCUGGCCAAUGAGCGAUCUACCGCACAGGGCGUGGAGCACCGCACGGCUUUCACCGUCGGCGACUCGCGGCAAAUCCCGUACGACGACCAGCACUUUGAUUUGGUUCUGCUGAUGGGCAACUCGUUCGGCUACUUUAGUCACGACAGCGCCGACCGCAUGGUGCUGGCCGAGGUCUUUCGCGUUCUGAAACCUGGAGGACGGCUCCUCAUCGACGUAACCGAUGGCGAGUACUGGCGCUCCAACUUUGACGAGCGCAGCUGGGAGUGGAUCGACGACUCGAUGCUCGUUUGUCGCGAGCGGCAAUUGAGCAAGGACCGCACCCGUCUCUGCUGCCGCGAAGUCGUGACCGACGUCCAUAAAGGCGUCAUCCGCGACCAGUUCUAUCAAGAACGCCUCUACAGCCAAGCAGAGAUCGAGACCCUCCUGAAGACCGAGGGCUUUACCAUCGACGGAGAUAACGCAGCUCCGGCACUGCACAGCAUCGCAAACAACCUAAGCCAACGCCACGAAGACUCGGGCAUGAUGGGACAGCGACUUUUGAUUCAUGGAGUGAAGCGGGUCAAGAUUGGAUCUUCCACCGUCUCCGCCACCAGCUUCUCCGACAGCGAAGAUACAACCACUACUCUCAGCGAUGCUGAGGAGGAUCCGGCAGCCAGUGCCUCAGCAACGGCGGCUGUGCCGAUCCAGGAUAUCUCUGCACUUCCCCGCAAGCCUCUCUUCUCAAAGAUGGUGGUCCUGAUGGGCGACCCUUCUCAGCCCUGCUUUGGCAAGCUCAACAACAGUUGGAACCCCGAGGAUAUCGAAACUCGGAAGAAGCUCACGGACGCGCUCAAAGCCCUUGGCUAUGAAGACGACUCCAUGUGUGUGCUCGAGUCUCACGGCACCAUGGAGCAAUUCCUGGCCUCCCGACGAGACCAUUUCGUUUUCAACCUCUGUGACGAGGGAUUCAACAACGACGCCACCAAGGAACUCCACGUUCCAGCCUAUCUAGAGAUACAGGGUCUGACGUACUCUGGGGCGGAUCCCAACUGCCUCUCGUACUGCUAUGACAAGGGGCUUGUCAACCGAUCGGCAGACGCAAUCGGCGUCCCCACACCCAAGGAGGUCUUCUUCUUUGACAUCCACACCCCUACCAGCCUUGAGCGGCUUCACAAGGCCAUCGAGAAAGAGAUCCUCUACCCGGCGUUUAUAAAGCCAUCCAAAGGCGACAACUCUCUCGGAAUCACCAGUCGCUCCAUCGUCCGGUCGCCCGGCGAGGUGGACUCGUACCUCGAGGAACUCGAGUCCCUCGGCAUCGACAGCGUCGUUGUACAAGAGUACCUUGCUGGUGUCGAAUAUGGCGUCGGUAUGGUCGGAAAUCUCGACACUGGCUUCCACUUCUUCCCUAUUCUGGAGGUCGAUUACUCCAAGAUCGUUGGUCAAAACCUCCCGCCGAUUCUAGGAUUUGAAUCGAAAUGGGACCCAUCAAGCCCGUAUUGGACAGACAUCUCAUAUCGAGAGUCCACCCUCUCAGAGGCAACCAAGCAGAAGCUAAGGGAUUAUUGCAUCCGUUUGUGGAAGCGGUUCGGCUGUCGCGACUAUGCUCGCUUCGAUUUCAGAUGCGAUGUCGGUCGCGGCGACGACGACGCUGACGACGCCGAAGAUACAGAGAGCAGCGAUGGCGCCGAGAAACGGAGGGGCACGAUCAAGCUUCUUGAGGUUAAUCCCAACCCUGGAUGGUGUUGGGAUGGAAAGUUUGCCUACAUGGGCAAACUGGAAGGAAAGAGCUAUACGGACGUCUUGGGCAUGAUCUUGGAAGCAGCACACGCUCGCGUUAGCAAG